AUGGAGCUUAAAGUUAUAAUUGACGGGUAUGAACGAAGUGUGUCGGGAGUUAACGAGAACACGACUUGCUCGCAAAUCAUUUAUGCGUUGGCGAAUGCAAUCAGCGCUCGUGGCCGAUUUGUAAUUGUCGAAAAAUAUCGGAACAUGGAACGCCGCCUUGCGCCAAAUGACCGACCACUGGAAACGUUUCGAAAAUGGAGAGAACAUGCGGCGAAUGUUACAUUUCAAAUGCUACGCGUGAAUAGUAAUGACGAGAUUUGCGGAAGAAAUGCGAUUGGCCAUCAACAGGCGACACCGCUCGAGAAUGGACAAAGAAGCACUUGUUCGCUACCAGCCUACCCAUCGGGUGUCACUGGCACGCUCGGACGGUCGACACGAAGACCACCACCACCAGAUUAUAAAUUUGUAAUGGAGCAGAAAAAUUUGCAAACACUUGAGAAUCAACCAAGGGUCGAAAAAUUCCGAAAUCCUGAGUUAGAGAAUCAUCGAGACUAUAUGGCCUAUGAAGAGGAAUUGCAGCAGCUGCUAGUUCAACAGAAGAACCUUCGAGCUAUUCUUCAACCAUUGAUUGCUGCCAAUUGGCCUCAAAAGUAUCAACAAGAAAUUAAAAAAUCACACAAAUUGAGGGCUUCGCUUGAAGCCACUAGGGAAGCACUUGAUAAAACAAAAUCGGACAUUUUAAAAGUCCAAGAAAAAGAGAAAGAGCUCAUGGCGAUGAUUGAGAAUUUCAAGGAAGAUGAGACGAAGGAAGAGUUGAACGUUGAGGAAGAGUCGAUUCUCGAAACUUCGAUCGACUUGAACAUCUCGAGUGGCAGUAGUUCUCAACCUCAAUUGUCUGUCUAG